GGGUCUUGGACUGUCUCGGCUGUUUUCACGAUACCCAACAACACAUGUUCGGCAUUGUCUACAAAUUUCCGUCAGAUCAAACUAGGCCCGUCCGCCUUCAUCAUCUGCUUCGCGGAAGGGACCGGUCAUCAAUACUCGUACCCCAUGUUGGAGAGAAGAUUACUCUCGCUGCUACUCUCGCCCAGUCCCUCUACACAUUCCACAUCUCGGAAUGGCUUCACAAGAACAUCAACUCGCGUAAUGUGUUAUUCUUCACGGGAUUAUCGAACUUCAGGGAUAUAGAUCUCUCUCGCCCUUAUGUCGUAGGAUUCAAUCACAGUCGUGAAGCAGAUGUUAGCGCUUAUACCGAAGGCCCCGAGAUGUCCAGUGAGUGGGAGAAAUACCAGAAAUACCAAGAUCCUGACUACGUCAAGGGAUCACGUUAUAAGAAGGGUUACGACUACUACUCCUUUGGACUGCUUCUUCUGGAGAUUGGAACAUGGGAACGCUUAAGUAAUAUUCACGAUAAGCACGAGACGGAGGACUCCUCUCAGCUGAGAAAGCGAUAUCUGAGAAUCUGCGACAACGUGAUUUUGGAGAGAAUGGGCCCGACUUAUCAUCAGGCGACCAAGGCUUGCCUCUUGUUUGACUCUGGGUUGCCUCUCGAGAAAUUAGACUCGGCUAUGGAAUUUCGAAAGAAUGUGGUAGAUAGGCUAGCGACGUGCCAUCUCUGAUGCAAGUUUGCUUAGUGCAGACACCCUGCUCGCCUCUCUUUGCAUCUUCUCUUGCACUAUGCUAUGUCGCAAUCUCCUCAGUGGAGGUCUGCCCCGGCUUCUGAAUUGAAAGUUGCUCCUCCUAAGAGACGAAAGUUAUUCUCUAUUCACGGCUUGGUGAGGGCUAAAAUACUCGAGUGAGGGUUUUGGGAACGGAGAGUGUAUAUGUGUCGUCCACGUGGGUAACCCUGAAAUUUCCUACCCCGAAGAGGGUUGUCAAGAGUUGAACAAGCUUUGCGCCAUCGAUGUAGCGUGCGUCGAGUGUUUGAGUUUGCAUUUUCAUUUAUCAAUUGAGCAUGUCGCCCCGAGUGAUAAAGACCUUUCUUGAACUUGAUAUAUAUAGAAUUUGCUGAGGCUCUGUUCGAAAGUAGCCAAUAGCUGAUAAACACGUUGUUUUUCCGAGGUGAC